UGAUAAAUAAACACUUUUCAAAAUUGAAAGAUUUAUGUUCCUUUAUUGCUGUGAAAUAAAUCUUUUCACCGGGAAGGUUUUUUUUUCGAAAAGAAGGCGGAAUUGCACAAUAACAAGUAACAAUUUGCCCAGGCCACAGUUUCUGACUUUUUAAUUUUCAGGUAGGUUAACCUCCUCAGAAUGGUUGCUAAUAAACUGUUAACUCUAGUCUUUGUGAGAAAGCAAUGCAAGAUUUUAUUAGGUUACAAGAAAAGGGGAUUUGGUAUGGGUAAAUGGAAUGGAUUUGGUGGUAAAGUUGAAAAGGGUGAAACAAUUGUUGAAGCUGCUGUAAGAGAAUUAGAAGAAGAAUCUGGUUUAAUAGCAUCUCCGGAUAGUUUAUCUAAUGUUGCUUUGUUGAAGUUUGAAUUUACUGGAGAUCCACAGAUAUUAGAAGUUCAUGUAUUUUCUACCACAGAGGUUACUUGUGAACCAAUAGAAACAUCAGAAAUGCGACCCAGGUGGUAUGAUAUUGAUAGUAUUCCAUUUGAUAAAAUGUGGGCAGAUGAUAAACUUUGGUUUCCUUUAUUACUAAGUGAUAAAAAAUUCACUGGCUAUUUCUUAUUUGAAGGAAUGGACACUAUUUUAAAACAGGAUCUCAAAGAAGUAGCAGAGGUGUGAUUUUAAUAUAACUUGAUCAAUGUUCAAUGCAAUGACAGAAAAUAUUUUUUAUAAAAUACAAAAUUACAUAUGUAUUCUGAAUAAGUUCAGUGGAGAAAAUCAGUGUUCCUGUGUGAUUAAGAUUUAAAAGCGAAAGGAAAGAAAAACCUUUUUAUUUCCUAUUAAUUUUGUUGCAUAAUAUAAAAUAUGGUCAGAUAAUUGUAUGAACUGGCCUGAUUUGGUUUGCACCUAACAUUGUCAGUGACCAACAUUUUUAAACAUUUUUCUGUUUAA